AAGAUAAAAACGAAAUUUGAUUAAAAUGUCAAACGAGAGUUCCUACAUAACUAGGGACCUCAACAUUAAAUGAAAUCAACAACCAACAAACUACUCCCAUUCCUCUAAACCGCAUUCACAUUCAUAACAUAAAUUUUCCUUGUCUAUAUAAACACUCACUCCCCCAACUCUCUCUAUCAUUCAUCACUACACACUUCUCAUUUUGCAAACAAUCAAAAUCCCCUAAAACUAAGAAAAAUGGCUGGUCUAAUGAAAUUGGCAUGCUUGGUCUUGGCCUGCAUGAUUGUGGCCGGUCCAAUCACAACGAACGCGGCUCUAAGCUGUGGAACCGUUAGCGGUAACUUGGCAGCAUGCAUUGGCUACUUAACCCAAAAUGGGCCCCUUCCCAGAGGGUGCUGCACCGGCGUUACUAAUCUAAACAACAUGGCCCGUACAACCCCGGACCGUCAGCAAGCUUGCCGUUGUCUUGUAGGAGCCGCUAACUCCUUCCCUACUCUCAACGCUGCCCGAGCUGCUGGACUUCCUAAGGCAUGUGGAGUCAAUAUUCCUUACAAAAUCAGCAAAAGCACCAACUGCAACAGCGUUAGAUGAGCGGCGGUCGGAUGAAGAAACUCAAGCGGACGUACGAAUCUAAUAUAAUGUAUGAGAGAGUACUAAAUAAGAUGUUGUUUUUCUAGUGUUUUAAAAUUUCAUGUUUCUCUUCUGUUGUGUCGUUCCUUUACUUUGGUUGUAUGUACUAUGUUCGUAAUCAACGUCCGCUAUAUGAAGUUCAUAUCCAAGGUUUACGUUA